AUGGGGAAUACAGCGACGAAAGCACGUGACGCUCAUACUGAAGCAAAGAGUAGACCCAAGACUAGUCGUAAGAUUCAGCAACAAAAGAUAAAGAAUGCCAAGCGAACGGAUUUAUUAUCACUUUCCAAUAGUAAAUUAAAACAUUUACCGGAGGAAUUAUUGCAAUUAUCAACAUUGCGGAUAUUAGAUCUCACAGGCAAUAAAUUGACUACAAUACCAUCAACAAUAAACGUACUUACUACGUUAAAGACACUGAAAUUAUCGCUGAAUAACCUCGAGACGUUACCGGAUUUAUCUGCACUUGAAGCACUUACGACGCUCGUACUUGAUAGUAAUAAAGUCGAGACUCUUGUCCAUGCUUUACCACCUCAUUUGCUCAAGUUGUCAUUGAAAAACAAUCGACUAGGUAUGAUACCGGAUAAUGUAUUGAAACUAAUGGAAUUGCAAGAACUUGAUUUAUCCGACAAUCACGUGGAAGUUUUACCUUCAGAUUUGGGUAAAAUGCAAGAGUUACAAGAACUUCAUGUGGAUGGUAAUACAUUGACGGAACUACCAGCUGCUUUGGCAAAAUGUGGCAAGCUGAAGGUGCUAUCAGCGCGUAGAAACAUGCUAAUUGGUCGCUCAGCAGGUGCAACAGUACAGACUAUUGCUGCUGAGGUGCUUGGAGAAGGCUCAAGUAUUCAAGUGAUGAACUUAGAAGGUAAUCCAAUGACAAAGGAAGAUUUACAGGGAAUGGAUGGUUUUAAUGCGUUCCUUACUCGACGGAUGAAACUCAAGAAUAAGGAAAUUCAUGGUGGUUUGAAGGCGGAUCUAAGUCUCUGUGGUCUCAAUUGA